AUGAGAGGAGUCCUCACUUUACUCAGUCUGACGCUCUUUACUCUGGUAUAGAGUGGUCCAAUUAGUUUCACUCUUGGCAACAACUAAAUGAAAUGUUUUAAAGACGACCUAGCAGAAGGAACUAUAUUAGAUUUGUUUGUUGAGGUAUUUGCAAACAUUGCUCCAUUGAUUACUCCAGGGUCUAAGAGUGGCAUCAAGAUAACGAUAUUUGAUCCGAAUGGAAUUUAAAUAGAAAAAUAUACUUUGCAACAGGAAACUCACAAAGGUUACUAAAAGAUUCUUAAAACUUAGGGACUGCAUAGAAUUUGUGUGAGAGCUUCUAAGGCGUUGUUUAUUAGAGAUCCAAACAUGAAGUAUGAAGUCAGUUUGUAAAUUGAAGCUAAUUAUGCUCCAACCACUAAGGAGGUAGAGGAAUUGAAGAACAACCCAGGUUUGAAUCCAUUCUCUAACUAUGUCACCAAGGAUCAUAUUGAUAAGGUAGAUAUUGAAAUUGAUACAUUGCAAAAGAAGGCAUUAACUAUUCUUUAAGAUUAGAGACGUCAGUUCGAAAGACAAACCGAGCAUUAGAAGGAGUACGAGAAGUUCUCUUCAAACUUCGUCCUCUUUGUCUCCAUCUAGAUCUUAAUUAUCAUUGGCACAGUGGUCUGGUAGAUUCUCAGUCUCAGGAAGUUCUUUGUUUAGAAAAAUAUAUUCUGA